AUAUGACGUUUAUGUAACCUCACAUCCGGCGCUCAAAUCAACAAUGGCGGCCUCCACGAGAGAAGACGUGAGUGUGAGUGCGGCUGAGAAAAAAGGAAAAACCAAACAAAACCCAGACGAGAGUGAUUUGCUGACGGUACCAGACGGGUGGGCGGAGCCUGUGUUUACGCGUGAUGAUAACCCGCGGGGUCUCCUGGAGGAAAGCAGCUUCGCCACACUGUUCCCCAAAUACAGGGAGAGCUACCUGAGGGAGUGCUGGCCUCUGGUCCAGAGAGCUCUCGGAGAACUCUUCAUCAGCGCUACAUUGGAUCUGAUUGAAGGAAGCAUCACAGUCAGCACUACGAAGAAAACCUUUGAUCCCUACGCCGUCCUCCGAGCCCGAGACCUCGUCAAACUACUGGCCAGGAGUGUUCCCUUCGAACAGGCAGUACGGAUCCUGCAGAGUGACAUGGCGUGUGAUAUUAUAAAGAUCGGGACGUUGGUGCGGAACAGAGAGCGGUUUGUUAAACGCAGACAGAGACUCAUCGGCCCCAAAGGGUCCACUCUGAAGGCCCUGGAGCUGCUUACAAACUGUUAUGUGAUGGUGCAGGGAAACACUGUGUCUGCUCUCGGACCUUACAGUGGCCUGAAGGAGGUGCGUAAGGUGGUAUUAGAUACUAUGAAGAACAUUCACCCGAUCUACAAUAUCAAGACAUUGAUGAUCAAGCGUGAGUUAGCGAGUGAUCCUGAACUCCGCACUCAGAGCUGGGAGCGUUUCCUCCCCAACUUCAAACACAAACACCUCAAAAAACGCCAACAACCAACCAAGAAGAAGAUCAAGAAGGAGUACACACCCAUUCCCCCACCUCAACCUGAGAGCAAGGUGGACCGAGAGCUUGCUAGUGGAGAAUUCUUCCUGCGUGAGAGAGAGAAGAGGAGGAAGAUGAUGACUGAGAUCAAGGUGAAACAGGCAGAGGCUCUGAGCAAGAAACAGGAGGAGAGAAAGAAAGCGUUUAUUCCCCCGAAAGAGAAAAAAAUCAUGAAAAAAAGCAACAAAGCUCCUGUGAAGGACAAACUGGAUCUCGAAGCCAUUAAAGAGAAAGUGAAGAAAGCAAAGAAUAAGAAACUGGGAGCUCCAGCACUCGCUUCCUCCACAGCACCACCUGUAGGCCACAGCAAGAUUUCCAGGACCUUCAGUAGCUAAUGGGACUGUGUGUGUGUGUGUGUGUGUGUGUGUGUGUGUGUGUGUGUGUGUGUGUGUGUGUGUGUGUGUGUGUGUGUAUUUUGUUAUUAAGGAUUAGGAAUAAAGAUGCUGAUGAGACUGAA